AUGGCAAACCUUGCUUCAUCUCUAGGAAAUGACAAUUUUCAUUUUAAUCUUGAUAUCAAUGUGAAAGAGCCUAUUUUAGGAUCAUCACUUACGGGAAAAAUAGCAGGAAUUUUACCUAUCAAUUAUUCAUAUAUAAUUAAUGAGUUUUUUACAAAAAAUGAUAACAGCAAUGAAGAGUUAAGUGCUAAUGCCAAUAAAGAGUCAAAUGCUAAUGGCGAUGAAGAAUCAGACCGUAUUGAAUCUCUGGCUAGUUUCUUUCAUGAGAUGGAAAGGGAUGUCAAGCAAAAUACGCAAUUACUUUUAGCUUUCGAAAAGUUUCAAAAGGGAUAUCAUAAUGCAAAAAAUCUCUCAGAAAAUAAGCUGGUUUCAUUUGUUUAUCAGCAUGCAAGUAGUUCUGCAACGAUUCGAAGUGGCAAAAAGAUACCUGUUCAAGUAACAUCGGUACAAAGAAGAAAAGAAACUACAAGACAGGCUUUGGGAAGACAACUAUUAGGUAAAGAGAAUGAAGAUUUGCACGAAAUGCUGCCGAGAAAAAAAGAAAAGUAA